AGAGGAGAUUCACUGAAAAAUAAACGUGGGUCUACAGAACUUCUGGGGAAAAUGGAAGAAGCCACCAGACAGGCCACUGUAGAUGAAACAAAACGGUCAACUCAAGAUGUGUGCAGGACACAUAAAGAAGACUUAAGUCUUUUCUGUAUGGAGGAACAAAUCCCCCUUUGUUCAGGCUGCAGAAAAUCCUGGGAUCAUGCUACACACACUAUAAUUCCCAGGAAUCAACCAGAAAAUCAGGCUACUGGAAGCGUCCUGAGUGGGGGGAAGGAUGAUUUUCCAGAAUCAAAGCCAACCAGUUCUUCCAUUGUAGGAUUUUCAAACACAAACACAGCAGGCUUCACAGAAAAAGGAGAAGCAACUGAUGGGAAAGAAGAUGACAACAGUGAUAAGCAUGCACUGGCUGAGCAGUGGGUGGACUUCAACUUGGAAGGAAAGAAGGAAGCAGGCACCCAACCCAACUCAAGGGUCAAAAACUCAAUUACGUGGAUUGUGCUCAUACUAUUUAUCAUUCAGAUUGCGGGCUUGGUAACCACCAUCUUCGUUUUUACAAAGGCUAAACCUCAUUUGCCUCCUGCUGCUGCCACCACUUCCUGUUGCCCACCUGGCUGGCACAUGAGCCAAGGGAACUGCUAUCAUGUUUUGGAAACAGAAAGGACCUGGAGCGACAGUCAGAAUCAUUGUUUCUCCUUUGGAGCCUCCUUGGCAGUUUUUGGAGAUCUAGAGAAACUGAUUGGCACCGUGAAUGCUAGACAGCCCUUCAACCACUGGGUUGGCCUCCGCAGAAGUUCUGAAGAGGGCUGGAAAUGGCCAGAUGGGACUGUAUUCAACAACCUCUUUGAAGUGGAGGGAGAUGGACGGUGUGCUUAUUUAAAGAACAGAGCUGUCAGCAGUGCAGAUUGUGCCAUCUGGAAGAAGGGACUCUGCAGCCUGAAAGGGCUGAUGAACCACCAACACUGCAGGGCAACGUGACCUUUGAAGAAAUCCAUCGGUACAAAACGGAG